AUGUUGCUUCGAGGGAGCCCGGCGCUCGGCCAGUUCCACGCCACCAAUGACGGAGCUUUGCCGGAAGGCGGCGCCGCGGCGCAGUUGGUGCUGGCGCAGGCGGAUGCCGCCUCGAUCGCUGCGUGGGCAGCUGGGCCGGGAGGCGGCUCCGCGGCACAUGAGGUGGACGCCGCCUCGGUCGCUGCGUGGGCAGCUAGGCCGGGAUGCGGCGCCGCGGCGCAUGAGGCGGACGCCGCCUCGAUCGCUGUGUGGGCAGCUAGGCCGGGAGGCGGCGACGCGGCACAUGAGGUGUUGGCGCAGGCGGACGCCGCCUCGGUCGCUGCGUGGGCAGCUAGGCCGGGAUGCGGCGCCGCGGCGCAUGAGGCGGUCGCCGCCUUGGUAGCUGCGUGGGCAGCUAAGCCGGGAGGCGGCGCCGCGGCGCAUGAGGUGCUGGCACAGGCGAACGCCGCCUCGGCGGUCGCCGCCUUGGUAGCUGCGUGGGCAGCUAAGCCGGGAGGCGGCGCCGCGGCGCAUGAGGUGCUGGCACAGGCGAACGCCGCCUCGGUCACUGCGGAGGCCGCGUGCCCCCAACCACCUCUGGUCGGGCUCGGGGGCGAUACCUCUUCGUCCUCGUCUGGGUCAGAUAUGAUGGGUUCGGUGUCAGGGGUCGCUCUGGCAGGGUCGUCGGAGUCGUCCGUCGCGACUUCUGUCACCCGGCACCUGGCGUGGCGGGGCCGGCCACUUCUCCGCCGGCGUGGCGUGGUGUGA